UAUUUUGUGAUGCAAUCUUGCAAUGGUUGGCGUUACGUUAGCAGACGAAAGUGUACAGUGAGAGAGUGAGAGUUCUGUGUUUCGGCUUUAUUUACAAACAAAGAACUGACGUUUUGAUUUUGUGUCUGUUCUCAAUAUGUCAUAAUAUUAUUAAGAAUUUGAAUAGUUUUGUCAAAUACUGUGUUUUGAGUUAUUGUCUUGGUGAAUAGACAGUUUGACUUUCACAGCUCCUUGUAAACUUGGCAGAAUUUUAUACAAUUCAAUACUCCUCGGAGGGAUAGUCUUUCAAUGGUUUGAUUUUGAUAUAUAUUAUACAUAUUAAUAUAAUGUAAUUAAAUACCGUUGAUGUUUAACCCUAUUUGAAUGUGACUGGACAGAGGUAUAUUAUCUUCAUAAUCGAACAAACGUCAAACUGCAAACUGACUGGGAAUAUAAAUAAAUAGUAAGUUGUGAUUUACUUCAAUAUGGCUGGCGUUGUUGACCAAACGCCUAACACAGCUGAAACAGCAGAAAAUCUGUUUUCUUCGCCCGCGAAUGUGCCAAAUCCUGUGGAUUAUUCCAGUAUUAGGGAAAAGACAUCUCUGGUCAGUCCCAACGAAGAACAGUAUGACUUGCUACAGAAGAAAAUAAAGGAGAGGAUUGAGGAUGGAAGAGGAGAGACCAUAUUCGAUAUUGGUGUUGGGAUUGAUGAAGGUGAGAGUGGUCUGAAGGAGGAUGAGUAUGCUGCGGCGGUGGCAACACUGCAGUCCUUGGCUGCAACACUGGAUGCUGACUGUGUAUUGCUGAGGCAAAGCAAAGGAGAGUACGGUCUGACUGGACAGUACCUCGUCAGGAAAAGGGUGGUACAGCAGGACUUCUUGGAGAUAAGGGUUGCAGUGGUUGGGAAUGUGGAUGCCGGCAAGUCGACACUGCUGGGCGUGUUGACACAUGGUGAGCUGGACAACGGGCGCGGACAUGCGCGUCUCAAACUUUUUAGGCACAAACACGAGAUGGAAUCAGGCAGAACCAGUUCAGUCGGCAACGACAUUCUCGGCUUUGACAGCAUGGGUAAUGUAGUGAACAAGCCAGAGCAUGGCUCGUUGGACUGGGUGAAAAUCUGUGAGAAGUCAUCAAAAGUGAUAACGUUCAUAGAUCUGGCUGGCCACGAGCGAUACCUCAAGACGACAGUGUUCGGCAUGACAGGACAUGCUCCGGACUUUGGCAUGCUGAUGGUGGGUGCCAAUGCGGGUAUAGUAGGCAUGACCAAGGAACACCUGGGUCUGGCGCUGGCUCUUUCAGUUCCAGUGUUCGUUGUUGUCACCAAGAUUGACAUGUGUCCACCCAACGUCCUGCAGGACACUUUACGUCUCUUGGUCAGGAUACUCAAGUCAUCCGGCUGUCGUAAGGUCCCAGUCAUGGUCAAGUCAAGUGAUGACGUUGUCAUUAGUGCCACCAAUUUCGUAUCUGAAAGACUAUGUCCAAUCUUCCAAGUGUCCAAUGUGACUGGUGACAACUUGGACUUACUGAAGAUGUUCCUGAACCUGCUGACCACAAGGAUGGCCUGCCAUGACAAUGAUCCUGCAGAGUUCCAGAUCGAUGACACUUAUUCAGUUCCUGGUGUGGGAACUGUAGUGUCAGGCACCACUCUACGAGGAGUGAUCAGACUCAAUGACACUUUAAUGUUGGGACCUGACCCGCUCGGACAUUUCAUACCCAUUGCUGUCAAGAGCAUUCACCGCAAGCGCAUGGCUGUCCGCGAGGUGCGCGGCGGACAGACUGCCUCUUUUGCGCUAAAGAAGAUCAAGAGGUCACAGAUCAGAAAAGGCAUGGUGAUGGUGUCACCAGCACUUAACCCCACGGCAUGUUGGGAGUUCGAGGGGGAGAUAUUGGUGCUACACCACCCCACCACCAUCAGUUCCCGCUACCAAGCCAUGGUUCACUGUGGCAGUAUACGACAGACAGCCAGUAUACUGAGCAUGUCAGAGGAGUGUCUGAGGACAGGAGAUAAGGCAGUGGUCCACUUCCGCUUCAUCAAACAUCCGGAGUACCUCAAGGCCGGUCAGCGUAUGGUGUUCCGAGAAGGCAGGACGAAAGCAGUGGGUAAUGUGCUGAGGAUAAUCCCCCCUGCACACAACCAGGGUGGCCAGACGACUAGAGUCAAGCCCAACAAGAUGUUGUCCUCCCAGCUCCCGCACCAGCUAACAUCAGCCAGCGGACAGCCUGAUAUGGAUUCACCAUUUGAGAUAACAGCAGACAAGAGAGAGAACAUGCCGCAGCGUUCCGGGAAGAAAUCAAGAGGCAGGAGAGGUGGAAGGGGGAGGUCGGGGGGAGCCUCAGCUUCUAAGCCUCUCACUGAGCAAAACCAGGUGGUACCAACCCGAACCGCCGCCAAAGUGUAAUUUCCCGCUGUCUUGCACACGAUUAGAUAAUUUCCUGACGUCCACCGUUUGUAUGAAUGAAGUAUAAUGAUUUUAUAUUAUAAACGUUCUUGGUUAACAAUGUUUAUUUGUGAAGAACACAAUUCGUCAAAAUACUUGAAUUUUACCAGUAGUACAUUUUUCUUAAGUGUUCAAGUAAUGUUAUUAUUCAUUAAAGUGUGUUUAUUGAGAAUUACUUUAGUGUUGCAAUCCAAUUGAAAAGGUAACAUUGCUCUAAAUGUGAAAGAAAGCUUUGUUAACGUUAACGUAGUCAACACUGUAAUUUGAUUCUACUGUGUUUUUUUUUAUAUAACAUCUAUUGUAAGGCUCUAUCAUUUCUAUAUGACAAGUUAGAAAAAGUAUUCUGUUAUUUUUAAAUACUUAUAAUUUAAGGAUCUUUGGUGAGUGAUCUUUUUUUUCUUCACUUUUGUAGUUCUAAAAUUUGUGUGGUUGGUUGUUUACGUUAGUUUUCUUCAGAUUUUCAAUUUGUAAUAAAAUGAUCUGAUGUGAUGUAUGUUGAUCAGACUGUGAGAUUUAUGAAAUGUUUUUAAAUGUUCAUUUUGGUAGAGUUUAGAUUUUCGGAUAGUAAAUCCACUAACUAUUGUAAAUAAACAUAAGGUCUAUAUAUUUUAAUAAAUGAAAGUGAAAUGGUUUGUUUAGUUUUGUUAUAAUUAGAUUUUUUAUUGAUAAUUUUGUUUUAUAAAAUUUUAUUUAUUACAGUUAUUAGAGAGUAUAUUUUUAAUCAAGCAAAUAUUUUGAACAAACUGAUUUCUUGCUUGAUUUAAGUAAGCAAACUAUUAUUUUAUUACCGUAUUUUAUGAUCCAUGUUAUUUAUUUGUUGCAGUACUCACUUUCCAAUCACUUUAUUAUGGACAAUAAACAAGUAAUGGGAAAUUGGGAAAUAUAAAACAAUCAAAUAUCGCCAAUACAGUAACAUAGUAAAACAAAUUGUAGCAAAUGUGGUUUUAAUGUUUUAUUUAUAAAUAUAAGUAUGCAUAAUAAAACUAUACUGUUUAGUAUAAACUUAGGUCCAAAUUAAAUAAUUUAAUUCCAUGAGCUAACAGAGUAAUUAUAAUAGUGACCAAAUUAUUUGUGUUUGUCUACCAUAGACAGAGACAACAUAUUAUAGACCUAUAAAAAUUAUAUGCAAGCUCUGUUGCUAAAAUAAUUACACCAUUAGUACAUGGUAUUUCAUUAUUUAAAGUGAUGAAGUAAUUUUAACCGUGACAGCACUGCCAAACUGUUUGCGUUGAUCUAUAAUAUCUAAAUAUUGUAAUUUUCACCAAAUUUGAGACUUGGGAGUGACUAAAAAAGAUGUCAAAUCAAAAUUUAGUUCUAGAUUUCAUUACAAGUCUUUGUAAUCUAUUUUAUUUGAAAUUGUGCCCCAAAAAUUCAACAAUUUUAAAAUUGUCAAUUGUGAAAAUCUGCUAGUUUUUCCAUGUUCAUUUCUUGCCAGAUAUUUUCAAAUAAUGAAAGUUGCACAAGAUAUAAACUGUUAUGAUAACCUUUUCUUGUAACCAAAUUAUUCCAAAGAGAAAUUAUCUAAACUAAAAUUAUUUGCCAAAGCAGAAGUACAUUGCAAAAAUGUAGGUCACAGUGAUUUCUAAUUUGGUGAUUACCAAAUUAUUCACAUAACGGUAUCUUAAGUUAUUAAUUCACAAGGUUAAAAAAAUUUUAGAGUUUUAUGAGUAGAGAAAGUUUUUAUUCAAUAUCAAGAUUUAGAUUAUAAGGCGAUCGAGAAAAAGUUUAGUUUCCACAUAGACUGUGAUUAGCACUCCUCAGUACAUAUUAAUGUAUGUAACAAUUUGAUAUUAUAAAUCAUGAUUGCACUUAUUAAUUUAAAAUCAAUUUGAAUUCAGCUAUAAUUGAGUACGAGCAACGUAAGUGAAAUCUUCUAACAUAUUUCACCAAGAAACUUGAGUCCUGCAAGAAUUCAGUUUCUCGUUAGUUGUAUGGUCUGGGUUCCUUCUUGCUACUUCUUAUAAUUGUUUCAAUUACUAUAAAUUCAAGCAAGCAAAGUGCAAUGUAGUUGUUACAGUAAUACAAGCUGCUUUAAGUACAAAGACUUUUAGUACCACUUAAUUUCCACCAGUUAAAAAGUUAAGACUCUGUACGUUUAUUUGUAGAAAUGAGUCCAGUUUGUAAUUAUGUAAGGAUUUUAAUAAAAAAUAUUUUAAA